AACUCUGAUCCUUUCCCAACCCCCACAGGGACGAGUUGCUUCCUGAAGGAUCUGUGUGCAUUGUUCAAAACACAAUCAGAAAAGUAUCUGCAGCUAGAUGGCCCACAUCUUCGUGUAUGGCACUCUGAAACGAGGCCAGCCCAACCACAAAGUCAUGCUGGACCAGUCACAUGGCUCUGCAGUGUUCCAAGGCAGAGGCUGCACAGUUGAGUCCUUCCCACUGGUGAUUGCCGGAGAGCACAACAUACCAUGGCUGCUGCACGUGCCAGGCAAGGGCCAUCGUGUGGAAGGUGAGAUCUACAAGGUGGAUGAACAGAUGUUGCGAUUCCUGGAUGACUUUGAAGGCUGCCCCACCAUGUACCAGCGCACAGCCCUGCAGGUGCAGGUGCUUGAGUGGGAGGGUGCUGGUGGCCCUGUGGACAGCCUCCAGUGCUUUGUGUAUAGUACAGCCACCUAUGUACCUGAGUGGCUGCAUCUCCCCUACCAUAAAAGCUACGAUUCCGAGGGCCCACAUGGGCUGCCCUACAACCCCCGGGAAAACAGGUGAGGGGCUCGUGCCCCAGAUGCUAACACGAUAGAGGGAGCCCAGGGGCUGCCUAGCACAGGCAAAGCUUUCCUGGCUCAACCUCUAUCUAUAAGACAUGUUGACAAAAGAUCUGACACAAAUUUUGUAAAUACUCUUAAUCUGAUGCUGCUUACUAUUCAAAGGACCUCCUGGGCUUACAGGUACUAGAUGUGAAACACUCUGGGCCGAAGUCCCCCUAAAUGGCAGUUGUAGGGCACCUGGCACUCCUUUUUUGAUUUGCUCUGCUCUAAUCUGAAGAUGGCAUCAUCUGUGACUAAAGACCUGGCUGCAGUUGGAUCUAGAAGCUGCAUGUAUUGAUUCCCAUAUAUGACAUCUAGAAAGAGGUGGUCAGAAAUGCUGGUUUGGGAUUGCUCAGUGGAAAAACGUCUUCAAUAAAAGCAUGCUGCACUUUAGACUAAGAACUCCACCCCUUACAGUUUCCAGAUCACACACAAAUGACUAAAACAGCCACUAAAGUGUAAGUAUGCUGUUUCUGUGUGGUGUACUUACUUGGUAGAAGAUGUCUUUCACUCUAAUUCAGCCAAGUCAGGAGCAGUGGCUUGCUGGGAGACAGCUGAGCACUCAGACUUUAUGUCCUUGAUGGGUGCCCAGCGCAUCUCUGCCAGCUGAAGGUGCAGCCCUUGGGGGUGGGCCUUUCAGAAGAACCAACACAUUAGUAAUUUGUUCCUCAGGCCUGACAGAAAGCUUUGCUUCCAAAUACAAACAGCACUUAAAAUAAUGUUAGGAAGACACGAAGUACCAAUUACCAUCCACCUCCAUGUGAUACUCUGUCAGCAUAGAUGCAAGAUGCACAGGAUUCUGCUUCUGCCUCCUAGUAAAGUAAAAAAUGGAUUCCAGGAAUUGCAGAACCAAAUGCAGCUGCUGCCUAAGCACCCUGGCACUCUGCUAAGAGCUCACUCACUCUUCAGCUUAAUGGUGGACUGAUCACUAACUGCAACUGGCACAGAAACAGGACUGCUAUUUUUAGCUCCUUUUUCUUAAUUAGAAACUUGCUUCACAAAACAAAAAGGCAAAGACGGGUAUCAGCUGAUGGGAUGGCAUCCCUGCACACAACAGUGAAGGUGCGGCAUCCUAGCCAUUGAGAGAGAGGAAAAAGGACCUGCACAGCAUGCUUGUCAUUGGGUCAGUCUACAGACCCCAAAACAUUGAUCCAACUCUUAGGUCACCCAAUGUGACAACUGCGUGGACCCACACAGAAGGGGCUUCCAGACCCUUCAUCUGUGCUACCUGGUCUGAGGAAAUCCUGAGUGAUGGAAGAAGGAAGGUAAUCAGAUUAUAAAAUUGGAAGCAGAGAACUGGAAUUUACAUACAUUUUUAAAGGAUCACAAGGAAAUGCUAGUAUUUACAGUCAAUUGGCACAGCCUGUUGCCUCUGUGUAUAUUGUCUUCAUUCAGAAAAAAAAAGGGGGGGGGCAAACUAAUAUUUAGACAAGUGCUUGGUUUUAUUGAUUUAAUUUUGACACUAGGAAAUCCCAGCAGAAGUACAAAUCAUAUGUACAAGUAUUUAUAUCAAUAAAAUUUUCCAUUGGUGAUUUUUUGGCAGAACGUCAGUGUUGCCUCUUGUGAGGAAUAAAUACGAUGCUGUAGAACCUGCCACACAGGAGUGCUCCUGUAUGCGCUUGAACAAACUGAGGGCUGGAGAAUAAUAGAAAUGCUAAUUAAAGCAGAGAUGACUGAAAGGCUCGGAAUACUUCACUCCAGCUCCACCAGCAGAUCUCCUUCACCAACUGUGUCUCCAGCUUUGCAAUGCACCGAUUUCACCUUGAAUUAAAAUGGUUGGGGAAGAGUGAGGAACCAAAAUGGGAACCAAGAGGGUCAGUCAUCCCAAUUUCUUCCUAGACAUAUGUGGCCUUAGGCCCCAAAACUUAGACAUGACCAUGUGGUCUAAGGGAACCAGAGUGCAGGGGUGUUCCUACAGCAGCCUGUGUUCACUCGUGGUCCUCGUAAUUCUCAGAGAAUGGAAGCUGUGGGAUGCUGCCCAGGCCCCCGAUACAGGGCCAGGCUGGUGACUGAUGCAUCCCUGCCUCAUCCUAUGGUUUUGAGACUACAAGGUGUAAUUUAGUGUCAGGGUAAAAACCAAACAGCUGCACAAUAAUCCAGACAGGUGCCAAUCAAAAGGAGAGAUCUCCUACCUGACUAUUUCCCCUCCUUUUGAAAGAAAUUAAAUACCCCACUUUAGUUGAGUGACAUAGAGUGUAGAACUCUUUUUUUCUUCUGAUUUCUCGUGAACAUAAUCCUGUCUUGCCUCUCCAGAUUUGUUUUCAGAUUUAAAAAAAAAAAAAAAAAAAA